ACAUAUAUAUACAUACACAUACAUAUACACAUAUAGUGACGUGUGAGGAUCGAUAUCCCUAUUGCAUGUGAUGGCUCUUUUAAUAUCCUACUAGAGAAUACCCUUAAGUGUUUUCUCCUGGAGCCCAACUUUUUCUUUGUGUUUCUUUCCUGAUAUGACUCUGUUGUAUGGACAUUCUGAGAGGGUGAGAUAUAUUUGUUUUGAAAUUUUGGAACUUGUAGCCUGUACUUUGUUUCUGAAUGUGCAGAGCAUGAUGGCAGCAUCUGAGGUCGCUGGCGUGGUGGCCACUGCUCCCAGUCCUCCGGAAUCCUCGUCUAGUGUAUGUGCUUCCAAACCAGACGAAGUUCUCCCAGACGGUCUAAGCCCCAAAGACCCUGCACAGAAGCACAAGAACUCGCCUCUGUCGAGUGUAAGUAACCAAACGAUAACCAAGGAGAAUAACAGAAAUGCCCAUUUGGAACACCCAGAGCAGAAUCCUGGUUCAUCAGCAGGUGACACUUCAGCAGCGCACCGGGCGGUUUUAGGAGAAAACUUGAUAGCCACGGCCCUUUGUCUCUCUGGCGGUGGGUCUCAGUCUGAUUUGAAGGACGUGGCCAGCACAGCGGGAGAGGAGGGGGACACACGCCUCCGGGAGAGCCUCCACCCCGCCACUCGGUCUCUUAAGGCAGGGUGCGAUACAAAGCAGCUUGCCUCCGGGAAUUGUCCUGAAGAGAAGGCCCCACAAGCCUCCAUCCUAAAGGAAGGGAGCAGGGACACAGGCUUGGAUUUCCCACCUGUGGUGCCUCCAGCAAAUGGGGUUGAAGGAGUCAGAGUGGAUCAGGAUGAUGAUCAGGAUAGCUCUUCCCUGAAGCUUUCUCAGAACAUUGCCGUCCAGACUGACUUUAAGACGGCUGAUUCAGAGGUAAACACAGAUCAAGAUAUUGAAAAGAAUCUGGAUAAAAUGAUGACAGAGAGAACCUUGUUGAAGGAGCGUUACCAGGAGGUCCUGGACAAGCAGAGGCAAGUGGAGAAUCAGCUCCAAGUGCAAUUAAAGCAACUUCAGCAAAGGAGAGAAGAAGAAAUGAAGAAUCACCAGGAGAUAUUAAAGGCUAUCCAGGACGUAACAAUAAAGCGAGAAGAAACAAAGAAGAAGAUAGAGAAAGAAAAGAAGGAGUUUUUGCAGAAGGAGCAGGAUCUGAAAGCUGAAAUUGAGAAGCUUUGUGAGAAGGGCAGAAGAGAAGUGUGGGAAAUGGAACUGGAUAGACUCAAGAAUCAAGAUGGUGAAAUAAAUCGGAACAUUAUGGAAGAGACAGAACGUGCCUGGAAGGCAGAGAUCUUAUCACUAGAGAGUCGGAAAGAGUUGUUGGUAUUGAAACUAGAAGAAGCAGAAAAAGAGGCAGAACUGCAUCUUACUUACCUCAAGUCAACUCCCCCAACACUAGAGACAGUUCGUUCCAAACAGGAGUGGGAGACAAGACUGAAUGGAGUUCGGAUAAUGAAAAAGAAUGUUCGGGACCAAUUUAAUAGUCAUAUCCAGCUAGUGAGGAAUGGAGCCAAGCUGAGCAGCCUUCCUCAGAUCCCGACUCCCACUUUGCCUCCACCCCCAUCAGAGACAGACUUCAUGCUUCAGGUGUUUCAACCCAGUCCCUCUCUGGCUCCUCGGAUGCCUUUCUCCAUUGGGCAGGUCACAAUGCCCAUGGUUAUGCCCAGUGCAGAUCCCCGUUCCUUGUCUUUCCCGAUCCUGAACCCUGCCCUUUCCCAGCCCAACCAGCCUUCCCCACCCCUUCCUGGCUCCCAUGGGAGAAAUAGCCCUGGCUUGGGUUCCCUUGUCGGCCCCCAUGGUCCACACGUGCCCCCUGCCGCCUCCAUCCCACCUCCCCCAGGCUUGGGUGGUGUUAAGGCUUCUACUGAAACUACCCGGCCCCAACCAGUAGACAAACUGGAGAAGAUUCUGGAGAAGCUGCUUACUCGGUUUCCACAAUGCAAUAAGGCCCAGAUGACCAACAUUCUUCAGCAGAUCAAGACAGCACGUACCACCAUGGCAGGUCUGACCAUGGAGGAGCUGAUCCAGCUUGUAGCUGCGCGACUGGCAGAGCACGAGCGGGUGGCAGCAAGUACUCAGCCCCUUGGUCGGAUCCGGGCCCUGUUCCCUGCUCCAUUGGCCCAAAUCAGUACCCCAAUGUUCUUGCCUUCUGCCCAAGUUUCAUAUCCUGGGAGGUCUUCACAUGCUCCAGCCACCUGUAAACUGUGUCUAAUGUGCCAGAAACUUGUCCAGCCCAGUGAGCUGCACCCAAUGGCAUGCACCCAUGUGCUGCACAAGGAGUGUAUCAAAUUCUGGGCCCAGACCAACACAAAUGACACUUGUCCCUUUUGUCCAACUCUUAAAUGACGGACCUGACUGGGGAGGAAGAAGAGGAGAAACUGAUGUGAACAGGAAGUGCGGGUUCAAGAUUUCUAAAACUCUAUAUUUAUACAGUGACAUAUACUCAUGCCAUGUACAUUUUUAUUAUAUAGGUAAUGUGUGUAUAGAAAGUCUGUAUCCAGAUGUUCGUAAAUGAAAGUAUGUAUAUUAUGCAGAAAUGGUCUGUCCCCCUCACCUUUCAAUUCCUCUGGGGGAAGCAGAUUGUAGGUAAGAUGGUAUUUAAUUUGGCCUUGAAAUUAUGAUAUUCCUGCCUAGGGCUGUUUUCAGAUGCAAUAUAAAAACCAUCUAGGAAGCUGCUCUUGCUCUAAGGCCACCCUGCUCUGAUUUGGCUCAGCCUCUAGUCCAUUUUCUUAAGGCUCAUGUACGCCGAUUUGAACCCUGGUGCUCACCUGCUGUCCAGCCAGAUGCCUUGCUUAUUGAAAGCCUCCGGAAGCCUCAGUGCUAUCCUAGCCCCCCUACUCCAAAUGGAGAAAAUGAGACUGCUUGAGGAAAAAAUAUAUAACCCUGAUAGUUUGAUUUUUCGUUGAACAUUUUACUGUGUUAACACUCAUUAUUUGUACAUAGACAUUAGGUUUACAGAAUAGUCUGUUUACAUCAGCAAAAUUCACAGUCCAAAAAUAACAACAUAACCAGGUCCCGUUUCCCCCAUGCCUCCACAAACUUCUGUCCACCCUACUUCCUGGAUAGUCAUCUCUUUAGAAACUAGCAUAGCCCACAGGUCUUUCCUGGGCCAAGCCAUCCCUUUCCACCACUGACUUGGCUUCUGAUCAAGCUUUCACAGACCAACCUUGUGAAGUCCUCACCGCUUCCCCUUCACUUCUGGUCUUCUAGUCUAGCUAUCUCCCCUCCCCUUGAAGGUUAAGGCAGUUGGUUCACAACCAAGUUGUUUGGUGACCUUGGGUGAGUUCCAGGCAGGCACUGGGGUGAGGAGAUGUCUGUGCAAAAUUCCUUUCAGGAUGAUCUUGGGAUAUGGGUUUGAAUUUUUGAAGCAAGAAAGCUAUGGGGGACAUGCUUCCUGUCCUGGGACAAAUGGAGACCAAAGUGCUAUGAAGAAGGGAGGUUAGAUUUCAGGUUUAUAAGUCAUUUGUUCUGUGGGUAGCUGUCUGGAGCGAGGUCAUUUUUCCACCUCUGCUUAUUGAGCACUUCCAGUUUCUAGGUUUAUACCGAGGAAAGCUGCGUUUCUAUUACAGCUUUGAAUCCUUUCCUGUCGCUUUAUCUUUACUCCUAAUGGAAAUGGCUUCAGCUCCCUUCUCUUUUGGAAUUAAACAAGUAAAAAUUAAGCAGUAAUAAAAAAAAUUAGCUCCAGGAAAGGAUAUUAUUAUAUUAGCAACAGGUGAAUUUUUCCCAUUCUGGGACCGGGAAAUGCUUACUCGCACUAGUGGUACAUAUGAGGGUAGCAAAGAUUUUUCCUUUCAGAGCCAAAUAAUUCUCUCCUCUCUCUUUAUGUUACUCUUCCUUGUCUUUCAUCCUUGCCUGUCAGCUCAUGAACAUACUCUUUCUCUUCUCUGGUCUUACUUGUCCCGGUUUAUUGACUGGCAACAGUGUAAGGAAAUGGAUUUCCUGGGAUCUCCUUGGCAUCUUUUAGGGUGAUGGAAAUGGCCUGAGUACUCCCCACUGUAGAGGUCAGAUGACCCACUUUCUUUGGUUAAUGAAAUAUUAAUGACUCUAGUUUGGUAGCCAUCAUGAACAGGGAAUGUGGCAAAAUGGAAGACCAGUUCCUUUGUUCUUUUCAUUUGGUGGGGGGGGGGGGAUUCAUUUUUUAUCUUGUAAUCUUAAGAUUUUAUCUCCCCUUAACUUUGCAGCAGCCUUUGGGCCACUUGCAGUAUUUUUCAGUAUCCAAUGAAAAUAUAGAAAUUAGAAGUGGGUCUAAAAAAAUCCUGUUUCUUUUCUACAAAUCUUUGACACCAAAGGAGUAAAGAGAAAACAGGAGGGGAUGGGGAGCUUAACUGCUUCCUAGUGAAAGCCCCUGGAAACCAGCUGCAGCAGGAAGACAGUGUGGUGGAGGGUGUGCGUGGGGGCCGGGACUCAUCGUCGCUCUUUGCUCCUUCUUGUUCAGGAUCAAUCCGAAAGCAACAGUUAAGUUUUGGCCACCCUUGUUCUCCCUUUUCCCUCUGUCCACUGGCCUGCACUGGUACAAGCUGUGCAGACCCCUGGGGAAGGCCCCUGAUGCAGGGAGUGGAGAUGGGACAGUCAUUUUUCUGGCAUAGAAUUUAAAAAUAGAAAUAUAGAAUACAUAUUUUUACAAGGAAGAAGCUGUUGUCUAGAUUUUUUUUUUUACACUUCAGAGUUCACGGUUUCAGGGUAGAAAGGAAGAAACUGUUAAAAGAAAAAUAAGUACAAGUUUUCUCUUUCAAAGAAAAAAAUAGGACAAUGAGACUUACUAAGGAAGGGGUUGAGUUUUAUACCCUGGAAAGAGCGGGGGAAAAACCAGUUUUCCCCAACGCGGGUUGAAAUUAUAAAGUGGAAUGUGGCAUUUUCAUUUCACGGUAGCGGUUCUGGAAGUUUAUUUACACAGUAAGUUCCAAGCUGGAAGUGGACAGUCUCCAGUCUUCCUGUCAGUCUCUGUGGUUAUGGGGUGUUCCCCGUCAGCCAAAGCAGCACCAGGUGCAGUGGGAAUGAAGAGGACUCAGAUAAAAAACUGCGACUCAGUAUUCUUGUUUUAUUGGUUUAUGGCUUGUGGGCAGCUGGCCGAGGCCAGGAUCUCCAGAGGCCCUCUUUGUAUUUCCCUCUCCCUCAUCAGGUAAUUCUACGCUGUGCAGGUCCCAUACUUGGAAGCAGUGUGUUGACCAGAGAGGAAUAGGAUCCAGUGGAAUAGUAAGAAAAUUCAGCUCUUCCCAUUAACACUGGUAUCAUAGUCGACUGGCUUAGAACUGAUAGGGAGGAAAUGAACUUGGUCCCCACUGUCUAGCCCAAGAACCAGCCUGGGUACCCAAGUACUAUUAGGAGCGGGGAAUAAAGAGCAGGAUAGGGGCAAAGGAUGGCCUCCAUCAAGGGGCUCUUGUGGUGAAGGGAAUUAGGAAGCCCGGAGGCUGUCAUCCUUUUUCCACGCAGCCUUGAUACUGAAUGUGAUGCUGGUGGAGCCAGAAAGCCCUGUGUUCCUGACAUUCUUGGUAUAAUACUAGUGCCACUGUGGGAUGCCUUAGCCGAAUAAAUGAGGGAGACCUUAGAGACAGGGAGAAGGCAACGAAACUGCUCUGUAUUAUGUCAAGAUCUUACUACCACUUACAGCUGAACAGGAAGAACUCCAGGCAGGGGGUAUAGGGCAUCAACUCUAUCCCUGUUGAAUGAAUCUUCAAGAGUCUGCUUUCAAGGAUUAGAUAGGAGAGGUUUCCUAUCUAUUCUUAGCACCUCAGCUACAAAGCUCUGGAGAAGUAGGACUGGGGGAGGGGGUGAACAGGUAGCCAGGAAGACAAAGUGCAGCCCUGUUAUAUUUGCUCUAUUCCAGCUGCUUUCCCAUAGGGCACCUGGGGCUUCCAGGGUUGGGGAUGUUUCAGUGCUACUAGUCACGUGUACAGUAGAAGGUUCAGGUAGGGACAAGGAAUUAAUAAGGUAGAAAUUCAUUUGUUAGACAGAACGUUUUAGUGGGCACUUUUCCUUUAAGAGAGUUAAAAAGAGCUUUUUGGCUAGAGAAGCCCUCCUUCCCAUCGCACUUUUGGUCAGGCUGCAACCACAGAAAAGAAGACAUUGGGAAGCAACACCCAUCUUAGAAGGUGGGAUUCUUAUCUUGGAGAUGCCGUCUAAAACUGGGACUGGCGAGCGGUCAUGUUCUGGCCUUGCCUCGCUUUGAUCCCAGCUUCCCUGUCUUUGCACUCCCUCUCCUUCUCCUCGUCCAGCCACCCCCAUUUGUACAAAUUAUUUGUACAAAUUAUUUUUAAAUUAUUUUUUAAUUCAAGAGGCAGUCUUUGCACCAAUGUUAUAGGCUUGUCUAUACAGUCCCUAUCUCUAAAGCAAACAGCAAACGGUGCGUCCGUUCCCGCUGACUGUGGCCAGCAGGGAAACAAGAUUGGCCCUUUCUCUGCUAGGGUACUGCAGAGACACACACUGGGGUCACCUUACUUCUGGAACUAAGAAAAGAAGAAUACUUUGGGUUGGAGAAUCUAAAGGGAUGGUGGACAAAGGCUCAGGGCUGAAGUUUCAAGCAGCAGAAUUUCCCAACUCAAGUUUGAGGUGACCAAGGGUAUUCCCGCCAUCAGAGCACUUCUUUCUUCCCUCUCCUGGUUCCUACAGGUGCAGUCCCUGCAACCCACCUUGCCAGCUUUUCCUUUUCUGUCAAGGCAGAGGCAUUUGUGGGUGGGUGAGGGUCUUGAGGUGCUCUGGCCACAGGUGCCAUCUGUGUCUCCUCCUUGUGACCAGAGCGAACCACCAGAUGUGGUCCAGGGGGAUCUCUCUCUUCUGCCCGUGGGACUCCUCACUUCAGCAGGGAGAUGUCAUCAGCAAAGUCAUCGUGCUGAUGGCGCAGGCAGCGGAGGCAGCGCCACUGACACACCAUGAGGCAGAGGGGCAGCAUGAAGAGGGCGCAGAUGGCAGCCAUGACAUAGGCUAUGGUCAUGAGGGUCGAUUCAUCUGUCUGUGGGAUGUUGUAGCCACAGUCUUCCAUGUCCAGGGUGACAAAAGGACCUUCUACCGCUGCUGUCCUGAACUCAUCGUGCACUGGAGAAAGGGCAGAUGUGAGUCACAGAGCAGUUUGGAUCACACACCCAAAAGAACUUCCCGGGACAGGCCUUGAAACCGGCCCUGAGGAGGCCGUAGAGUCUCCCUCCUGGGAGAUGUUUAGGAGCAGGACAGAAAGCCGUUGCUACGUGGAGGCAUGGCUCUCCUCCAGGUCACUGGGGACAACAACCCUUUCCUGUCUACCUGUCCAAUAGGACAGGGCCCUAAAAGUCAGUCAUUCUAAGCUGACCAAAAAGGCAGCCCUACAUAUACCUAGUAAACUCACCUGCUCCUGCUGAAAUUCAGUUGCAAGACCCUGCCAGUAGCAUUCAACCUCGGCAUACGGCAGCUGGCAGGGUCACGAUAGGCCCAGCCCGCCACCCUUGGAUCUAGAGCUUCCCAAGGUGCCGAGGCAGCUCUUGCUGUUCUGGGUCUCCAAAAGAGGUUGCCAGUCCAGGCGGGGGUCAGCAUGCCAGGCGAUACAAAAAAACCACAAGCACCGGGGCUUCCCUGGUGGCGCAGCGGUUGAGAGUCCGCCUGCCGAUGCAGGGGACGUGGGUUCGUGCCCCGGUCCGGGAAGAUCCCACAUGCCGCGGAGCGGCUGGGCCCGUGAGCCAUGGCCGCUGAGCCUGCACGUCCGGAGCCUGUGCUCCGCAACGGGAGAGGCCACAACAGUGAGAGGCCCACGAACCACAAAAAAAAAAAAAAAAAGCACAAGCACCGACACUAGCUUUUACACAAUACGUGGACACUGGCUUGAGGCAACUGUUACUCCCUCCCAGACUGACAGGGGCCCGGGUACCCUCACCACUGGACAGGGAGAACGGGGAUAGACUGACCCCACACCCUCGUUCCUGGCGCUCUCACCAUGGCAAGCACUGACAGCAAAGCCAAUUCGUUUCCGGGCCCGAUCAAAGACAACGUAGAAGCCCUCCAUGAUAACGGCUCCCAUGACAGUGCCCGUGGAUGACUGUGAGAUGGCGAACUUGUAACAGUCGUCUUGGGAUGUGGCCACAUCUUCCACUGGCCGCAGGUAUUGCUAAGGAUAAGCAAGCAAAGAGUGAGAGUAUGUCUUCCUCCACCCUUCACCCCAUCUCUGCCUUCUUGGUAUCGAUGCCCUUAGGCUGCCCUGCCCGUUGCCAGCCCUGAGCUCCGAGAGGGUGGUUUUUCCCAGAGCCCUUUACCGCUGGAUCCUCAUCUAUUUUGUCUUCCAAGUUCUAGGAAGCCAUGCCUGCUCACUCUUUCUCAAUAUAUCCUUUGUUCUCGUCCUGGGAUCCCACUGAUUCAGGCCAGGGACAUACCUGUGGAAGGAUGGUGAUUCGGAAGGACUGAUUGGUGACCUCACCCAUUAGGUAGAGUGAGAUGACCGGGAAAAUGUUCCACGGGGUGGUGCCUGCUUGCCAGCACACCAGCUGCUCCCCGAGCCAGAAACCGUCUGGGAACUUCUCCGUCUGUGUUGAUGGGAAAAGGAUAAAGAUGAGGAAACGGCCUCUUUCACCAUCUCGCCUCUCCCAUUUUCAGAUAACACUUACUGGGCCCUUUACUUGCUUUUCCGUGAAAUAUCCAAACUGGGGAAAGGUCAGCCGAAACCCAAGGCUUAGAGGAAGAGAGCAAGAGAGUAAGGCCAAAACUUUGGGCUGGGGGACUGUGUGCUGAGCAAGCUGAGGCCCAUAGCAGAGAACCGUUGUUUAAGAGACCUAAGUAGAGGGAUCUAAGGGUAGACAUCUUGGCUCUUGUGGAGGAACGUGCCUCUCACAGACUUCCUGUGACACUCUGUCAUCUCUUGUACCCCUGUCCUGAGUCCCACUGACCGAGGAGGCUGCCUUGAUGGAUUUGACAGCAGCUUCAAACACUUUCUUGGGCAGACGAAGGUUGGUGGUGCCACUGUCAACGAUGCUCUUGUCAUAGUUGUACUAAGAGGGAGACGAGAGGGUUAGAACAUCAAAAGCCUUCUUGAUGCCAGGCUUUGGCCAGAAUUGGAGGGGUGAGGCUGACUGCUUGGGGUCCUUCCUGGGUUGGCAUCCUGGCUUUGCCACUUCUUAGGUGGAUCUCCUUGGGCAAGUUACUUAACAUCUGUGCCUCAGUUUCCUCAUCUGUAAAAUGAGGAUAAUAAUAGUACCUACCUCAAAGAGUUAUUAAAUAAAUAAAGAGCAUUAAAUUAAUUAAUAUAUUUGAAGUGUUUAGGAUUGUGCCCUGCACAUAGGAAGCAGUCAGUACAUGUUAACUCUUAUUAUCUUGGGUGGGUAGACAUUCUCUAAAUCUUGAAAAUAAAAAUACCUUGUAUAAUGCUUUUAACUUUUCAUAAUACGUUUGUAUCUGUUCUAAGUUAACAUACAUGAAGAAUCUAGGUAAGGAACACCCAAAUAGUUUAACUGCCAUUAUUGGGUCUUGCUGUGUGUCAAGCACUGGGAUAAACACUUUAUUCACUUUCUCUAUUUUCACCACCGUCUUUGGAAAAGCUGUUUUUACUUCUGUUUUGCAGGUGAGGAAACUGAGACACAAAAUAGUAACUUGCCUGAGGACACAUAGCUAGAGCAGAGCUAGAAACCCAGGUCUUUCUUACUCCGAAGCCAGACUCUUCUACUACGUCAUGUUACACUGCCUCGCGGACGACUUGCCCAAGGUCAUAAAGCAAGGCAGUGACCGGAGUCCAGAUAUGCUUUUUUCCGUACCAGACCUUAUGCCACGCAGCCUCUGGGAAAGUGCUAAGCCAGUCCCUAGCCCCAAACCUCAGGUCCCGCCAUGUGACCAUUAAGCUCCUUGCUGUUCUAGGCUCAGCCCCCAACCCUCCUGCAGGUCCUGCACCUCAACCUCAUCCUCCCAGCCUCAUAACUCGGGGUCUGGCCUCACGCGAUGUUGCCUCCCCCUUGCCUCUCCCUGCCUCCCCCAGGUUUUAUUACCUCCUUGCAGUCCAUUUUCAGAUCCUGUCCAUUGAUCUCCACCCGCACAAUGAUCACCUCGUAAUACCAUUCCCGCCGGAUGGGUGUGUACCAGAGGCUGCCCAUGUACAGCGAGUGGUCGAUACCCCCGAUGAUCUAGGGAGCAGAAGAGCCAGUACCCGUGUGCCAACACAGAAGGACAACAAGUCACCCAGAGGGCAAGCAUAGGAUCAGUCAUUUCUGGGGUGGCAAGGCGCUCUGCACAUCACCUUUCUCAUCUUCCUGCUUCUAAUCAAACCACGCCGUAAAGCGACUGAUACUUUAUUAAAUGUGCUAAAGGAUGUGUUCAGGGGAAAAGGCUUUCCAGGAUUUUUAAUUGUUUCAGAAUCACACAGCCCUUGAUAUAAAGUUAUUUAAACCUAAACUGGCAUAAUAAAUGUUGAGUGAAUGAUAAUUUG